AUGCAAAGUAGCGAACUUUUUAAACAAAAAGAGUUAUCCAUUGACUCGAAUAAGCCCACAAAAGAAUUAGAAUGGAUCAUUCGUACUUUGUUUGAUCUAAUUGAUAUUGAUUCUUCUGGAGUUAUUACUUUAGAGAAAGCCCUCACAGCUUAUCAUAAUUGGGAUCUUCCAGCGGAUUACGCGCAGGAGUUACUGCGGGAAUGUGCCAAUGAGAAUCACGUUAUCGAGUUUUCUAAUUUUUUGAAGUUUUUUUUUGAGAAAGAAAAAAAGAUUAAAGAACUUUUCCACAGAAUUGAUACAGAAAAUGAUGGCCGUCUUAAAACUUUUGAACUGAAAAUUGCACUGGAAAGGGAAGGCGUUUGUGUGACUAUUGAGGUUCAACGCUGAUUUUUUUCCUUUUUG